CUUAAGAACAAUAUAGAGGAGACACGAAAAGAGGCGGCAGCAGGUACGGCUAACAACACCCUCACACCGGACCAGCAAAAGGAAAAGAAGGAGGAAGAAGAAGUACUUGAUCAAGACUAUAGCCAAGUGUUCCGAAGGCUGCAGGCUAACCUCGCCUAUCUGGCGAACUUGACGACAAACAAGCCAGGCGUCCCACGCCAGCCAGCACCGAUGAUACUCUCAGCACCGCCUCUCAACACGAAGCUCAAGCUGCGCCCUAUGCCAUCGGCCACAGAUGCAGAGAAGGCCGACCCCAUCGCAGACCGCGCAGAGCGGGACGCAUACAUCAGAGAACUGUACAAGAAGUUACACACGCUGUUCCCCGGUAUUGACCCGACCAAGGAACCAGUCUACCGACCGCAGCCAAGACCGGGGGUCCCGAACCCAGCAAUCGCGGCGCAGAAUGCACAGCGCCUGGCAAGUAUGGCAGCAGCACAGGGCCAGAUGCAGAUGAACUCGGCUCCGUCACCCGCACCAUCGACUCAUCAGAUGACGCCGCAAAUGGCCACAAUACAAGGGCUACCCUCAACACAUCCGUCCAUGUCCGCAUGAUGAUUUCGAACAACCAAGCAAGCAAGAAGAGGGGGAAAAGUUGAUACCCAGAAAAAAGAAAAAUGAAGUAUCGUGGCGUCCUAUUGUUGGAACAUUGCUUCGUGAAAAAAUGACGUCUUGCACACAUGUUGUUUGUUGGCUGGGCAGAGCUCAGAAGGUUCCCCCAGAAGCGGGGACGUUGGGAUACGAUCUGGAUCUCUUUGAUUCUCAUCUUGGAGCACAGACCGAUGUACUACACUUGCACAACGGCCGCCUAGGCUUGCUGAAUACGUGCGGGGACAGAGAAUGGCGCUGUAGCGUGUUACGAUUUAUUGUCGACAUUUUUUUUAUAUAUAUGUAUAGUAUUAGACAGUUGGAGGAGCAUGACAAAGGUAGAUGCACUCUGGCACCACAAAAUAUUACAUGAAUUGUCCCCGAUG